CCUCAAUUCACCCACAUCCAGAGUCUGACCGUGCAGCUUCUGUUUGUGCGCGCGACUUCCAUAUAUGAUGUCAUCGUCGCCCCGCGAAGAUCACGGUCCUCCCUCAAAGCGAGCUCGCCUUUCUCCCUCUGCACCUUCCCUUCAUCCAUCGCAACCUGACGCUAUGGAGCUCGACAACGCUCCUCCAGCUGUAGCCACAAAAGAUACGGCUCAAUUGGACGGCCCGGAGCCUCGUCUCGUGCUCGACACCCAAGAUAAUGCACCUCAACCAACUGCUGAAUCACAAGUCUCGAACCGUGCUCAGCUAGAGAAGGCCUCGGAGCAGCGACUUGUCACUACGCAUACUACUGCCGCCAUUGUCUCGAAGGAAAGCCGUGUUGGGAUUACCCAGUAUGUUGUACCAGAUACCCGGGGAUUCGAAGGUGUGCUCAAGCAGCGUUAUACGGAUUUCUUGGUCAAUGAGAUUCUGCCCGAUGGAGAGGUCUGCCAUUUGACGAGUCUCGGAGAUGAGAAGCUUCGCGACCGUAUCGAGGGUUUGAUGGCUGAGAAGGUCAGAGAGGAGUCUGCGCAGAGGGAACGGCACCUGCUCGAAAUUGAAGAGAAAAAGAGGCAAGAGGCGAAGAAGCAGGAACAGGAAGCUAAGGCAGCUGAGGAGUUGAAGCAGGCUGAGACGAAAGAGUCUGAGGUUCUAGAGGAAACGCAAGCUACAGAUGAAGCUGUUGCUACAAAUGGCUCGAAUGAAGGACCAGACAGCAAUGGCGAUACUGAUGCUAAGCACGAGCAAGGAACGAACGACGAAAAGCCUGACGAAGCUUCGGUAGUUCAUGAUUCCAAACAAAUUUCUGCAGACAACAUUCUCAUCCUGAAUGAUCUUUUCGGCGAUCGAACUGCUGGAAUCCUGAAGCUUAACAACAGCGUGCUCAAACAUCCCGACUGGAAAGCACGCGAUUUCUCACAAGUCAAAGUCGGAAAGCUUGCUGAUAAGGCGCAACGUACCAGAGCUCAUCAAGCUAUCCGCGACAUCUUCUCCGGUCGGCUUGAAAGUCUGACAGAGAACGAUGGCAGCAUGGUAGUCAAAGCCAUGCCUCCUAGCCAGCGUGGCAACGACACUUUUCAUGGAGGUAGGGGCGGUAGAGGAGGUAGGGGCAAUAGAGGUGGAAGGGGAGGUCGAGGUGGGAAUUCGCGCAGCGAUGGUCGCCCUGAGAAACCACGGGGCAAACUUGGAUGGGCAGAGCUUGGAGGAGAAUACCUGCACUUCACAUUGUACAAGGAGAACAAAGACACGAUGGAGUCAAUAGCAUACUUGGCGAGUCAGAUGAAAGUACCGGCCAAGAGCUUUCAAUUCGCCGGCACGAAGGACAGGAGAGGAGUCACGGUUCAGAGAGUUUGCGUACGAAGAGCUUAUGCAGACCAACUGAGUAAACACGGGAAGCUCCUGAGGCAAGCAAAGAUAGGAGAUUUCGAAUAUCAGCCCAAUGGACUCGACCUUGGCGACCUCACAGGCAAUGAGUUUGUCAUCACACUGCGAGACUGCUCGUUCUCUGGUGCUGCAGAUCUGCCUCACGAUGAGAAAGCCAAGGUGGCGGAGGAUAUCAUCAAGACAGCUGUGGCGAACCUGAACCGCAACGGCUUCCUGAACUACUAUGGUCUCCAGCGAUUUGGCACGUUUGCUGCAACAACGGACGAGAUCGGGGUCAAAAUGCUACAAGAAGAUUUCCGUGGUGCGGUCGACAAGAUCCUGGAUUUCGAUCCGGCCCUCCUUGAUAUCGACCGAAGGAAUCAAUCAUCCACACCAGUCGCAACAGAUGACCUCGACCGCGCACUGGCCAUCAAUAUAUGGCGGACUACUGGAAAGGGUUAUGAAGCUCUAGGCAUACUUCCCCGUAAGUUCUCUGCUGAGGCGGCCGUCAUCCGCCAUCUGGCUGCGCGAGGACAUGAGAACGAUCUCCAGGGUGCAUUACAGACCAUAUCACGCCCGCUGCGUUUGAUGUACGUCCACGCAUAUCAGUCUCUAGUCUGGAACGUGGUAGCAUCAAAGCGCUGGGAGUUGUAUGGCGGCCGUGUCGUCGAGGGCGACUUGGUCCUUGUGCACGAGCAUAAGGACAAGGAGAAGGACUCUGAGCCAAUUGCACCGAUCGAAGACUUCGACCAAGCAGGAGAAGAGGUAGUGUUACCUGCGGCGGAAGAUCGAGCCACAGGUUUGGACGAUGUACAUGAACGUGCCAGAGCUCUGAACAAGGAAGAGGCCGAAAGUGGACAGUACAGCAUAUUUGAUGUGGUGCUAAGCCUGCCGGGCUGGGACGUGGAGUAUCCCGCCAACGCUAUUGGCGAGUUUUACAAGGAAUUCAUGGCCAGCGAACGCGGUGGAGGGCUCAAUCCACAUGAUAUGCGUAGAGGUUGGAAGGAAGUAAGCUUGAGCGGCGGGUACAGGAAGCUCCUCGGCAAAGUUGGAGAUGGCAUGACCGGAGAGGUGAAAAGCUACAGCAGUGUCGAUGAGCAGUUGGUCGAGACAGACCUUGACAGGUUAUUCAGGGAGAGGAACCUGACAACCGCCAACGACCGACAGAACUUGCCCAAGGCAGGCGAUGAUGAGCUCACGAAGAAGAUUGCAGUCAUCAUCAGGAUGAAGCUUGGAUCGAGCACAUAUGCGACAAUGGCGCUGCGAGAGCUCAUGAAGGCUGGCGGCGUCAAGACAUAUAAGCCUGAGUACUCGGGUCGCGCUUAGUGAUUGGUAAAGGGGUCAAAAGAAAGCUGGUCUGUCUAUCAUUGGGCAUUGGGCCAAGUUGAGGAUCGGGGUGCACAAUCAACAAGCAAGCACAAAAGCUGCGAUUUUCUACAAUGCGUGUGGAUACGAGGCUUCUUGUCGAGCUGGCAGAAUCGGUAUUUAGUUUAACAGCGCAUGAUAGACCUCGACGUAGAGCUGAAUGCAAAAGCAUUGUGCGAUGAAAGCGCA